AUGAACCCUCAGGGAUUCUCCUUCCCUCCCCCUCCCCCUCCCCCUCCUGUGCAACAGCAUCAGCCGCAGCAACAAUAUCCUCAUAACGCUGCUUACACGCCCUAUGGCCAAAAUCACCAUGGCCAACGGGGUGGUCGUGGAGGAGGUGGCGGAAAUUUUAGAGGCCGUGGAAGGGGGAUUGGGAAUAGAGGAGGAGGCAGAGGAGGCAAUUUUAUGUCCUCUGAUGCCAACCGCCCUAGUGGUUAUCCAGCAACUGCUGGCGGAUAUGGGCCCAUGAAUUACUUAGGGUAUCCAACUCAACAUGUACCCAACCAGCAGACGGGCAUCUCAGCACCGCAGUAUAUGCAGCAACCGAUGCAGAACUUCCAGAACUCGGUGAGCGGAAAUUCAUUCGCCUCUGCACCACAUUAUACGCAUCCUUCGGUCCAUGGGACACCUUACCAACGCCAACCCUCCUACGAUGCUUCUUAUGCAACGUCGAAUACGCAACAGCCAGCUGUGUACAACCAGACUCCCAUACAAGCUACAUCGUCAGCCUCGCCAGCGAUUAUGGUUCCGCCCGUGCAUUGGGGUUUUCAGAAUACCGGACAAUCAGGGUCUUUUGCUGGACCGCAACGUCCGAGCCAACGUGGUCCCCGUCAGAACAAUGCAUACAAUCAUCAAAGUACAUCAGGGAAGCAUGACAACAAGCGGGAUCACAUAUCAGCGUUUGGAAAACCCCAAUCGGCAGCUCCACGUGUUCCUGCACCGCCCCCGGUACCCAGCUUUGGAAACCCUCUACCUUCAAAACCACCUGCGCCAGCGGAUACCUCACGGAAACCGAAAAAGAAGAAGAGAAAGCAUAACCAACUCGGGUUAACACCGAAAACGGAAGAGCACGAAUCAAGUGAAGAGGAGGAUGACGCUGACGAAGAAAAAAGGCUGGCUGCCGGCGGUGCGGCUGCGAGUGCCGCUUUGCAAGUUACAUACAGAGGGCGGACAUCUAAAUUACAAAGCUCUGCAGAAAUUGCAGCUUGGAUCGAGGAACGCAAGAAGCGUUUCCCUACUCAAGCGAAGAUCGAGGAGAGGAAAAAGGCCAUGGAAGACGCGAAGAAGGAAAAGAAAGUAAAGGAAGAAGCGCAACGGCAACAGAAGGAAGCGCGCAAACCAGCGAUGGCACAUGGGGAGAAGGAUCAGGAAAAGCACGGGCGAAUAGAACAGCCUCGAGAUUCUAAAGAUCCCGCGAAUGCAGCCGCGAAAGCCAAGUUAAAGGCCGAAAAGCUGCGGCGGAAACUGCUGAAGGAGGAGAAACGAAUAGCACAAGCAGAGGCCGACGCCGAACGCAUCCGCAAGCUUGAAGGGCUGCAAGAGGAUUCCUCGCAACAAAAUGCGGCACCAAAACCCACUAUUCAGGAAGUGGAUGAAGAUCGAGGACUGGAGUCUGCAAGCCAAGGUAGCCAUACCAAGGAUGGACCUCGAGCUCAACUACAAAGCGAGAACCGACAACCUUCGACGACAUACGAUGAAGGUGCCGUUAGCGACUCCGUCUCGAGUACCGACGAUAGCGAUUGGACAUCUUCAAGCGGAUCCGACCUGUCAUCAUCAUCGGACUCUGAUAGUGGCGAUGAUGAUUCUGCGCCGGAGCAAGCAACUUCGCGCCGCGAGGGACCAGAGCGAGUCCCACCGCCCGCUCGAGACGAAAAAAAGCAAUUAUGUCGACAUUUCGCUCGCAAUGGCCGUUGUCCGCGAGGGAAGGCGUGUAAGUUCGUGCAUGAUAAGUCGGAACGUGCGACGAAAGCAAAGCCAGUGGAGAGCAAGGGACGAAAGGGCCUGUUGCAAGCGCUCCUCGAUCGUCAGAAAGAAGAUGAGAACCGGAAAUUCAUGGAAACAAUUGUGUGGUUAGGCGAGAACGGGCUCCUUGAUGAACCUGCGGCUCAAACGGAUGUAUCUCUGGAUUCCACACCAAACAACGCCAGUGGUGUUCAGGAUCGCACUGAAAAUAGUCAGCUGCGGGAUAGUCUAUAA